AUGGAUGAUGGCAACAACAGUGGAGCAGCACAACUCGAGUACCUGUUGCAGAGUAAACUGAAAAGGACACAGAUGUCCCUGUUAAAGAUAGCCGAGGCUGUAGAGCGAGAGCAUUCUCUAUCCACAUCCCUGCUUCACUUACUCAAGUCAUCCAAGGAGAUCAAACCAAGCGACUUUGAGGCAAUACUGAGAGAUCACAAUGAAAGACUGACGACACAGAAUCAACAUCUACAGAGCUCAUAUGAUAGACUGCUGCUGCAGUGCAAGCAGUUGACUGAUCAGUUGACCACGCUCACAGAGCAGUCGGGCACACAUAGUACCGCGAUAGGUGAGCUCCGCCUCGAGCUGGAGAAGACCAACGACGAGCUAAUACUGGAGCGCAAGAAGAUUAUCAAGAUGAACGAUGACAUACCCAAGAUUGCCGUGCGCCUUUCAUCACCAGCGCUCACCAGCAGCAGCAGUAGCGGCGCGAUGACCACAACCACAACCACCACAUCCACCACGAUGACCACUACAACCACGACGACAACCUCGACCACCAAUGGAAUGCCCAGCACGCCCAAGUCGCUACAGGGUCUCAGCGGUGACCCAGCGGCUGCCGAGCUACAGGUCGAGACGAGCGAGGAGUAUCUCGAGUUGAAGAAGAAGUCCGAGCAACGUCUGAACGAAGCGCGUAAGCUGCGUGAGGAGAAGGCGAACUUGAUGAAGGAGAUACAACAGCUGCAGAUUGACAUAAGGAGUCUGCCUGAGGAGCGUAUCAUCACCUCGGCACCCUACCACCACUUGCGCAAUCGUGUCCAGGAGGUCGAUCAGGACCUCGACAUCAAAUCAACGUCCUACAACAAGGCCCAACAGGACCUUCAGCAACUGAACCUGGCGCGUCGUACGGAGCGCGAGCAGAUUGAGGCAUCAGAGAUGGGUAGACGACAGAACCUGGAUCGUCGCAUCACCAACCUUGAGAGCGAGAUUGCCGAGCUCAAGUCAGAGAAGGAGAAGCUGAACAGCAUCAUCGAUCAGCGUCUGCCAAACAUACCCAGCCAAGAGUACCUGGCCGAGUCCAAGAUCCUACUCGACACCAAGGAGUUGGACAUUCACAAGCUCAAGAAGGAGGUGGAUCGUCUCACACACAGCAUUGACUCGUAUCGCAACAGCAAGGACACAAUCACACAGAUGCAACGCGCAGCCAAGUCUGAGCUCGAGCUGAAGGACACUGAACUCAAUGAACAUCGCGAGAAGCUGGCCGCCAUCUCCAAGAUGCACGAUGAGCUGAAGCAGAGUGAGACAGGAAUGUUAGAGCGACAGAACCAACUGCAGCUGGCUGUGGACCUGUUGAAAGAGUCACGAGAUCCUGUGGACAUUGAGCAACUGCGUAGUUCAGUUGCCAAGAAGCAAGAGGAGCUGAGCGAGUGGAAGAACAAGCUAAAGACAAUCGAGGAGCUCAAGACCAAGCAUCACCAGGACAUCACCAAGGUGGUCGACAACAAGAAGGUUCAAUUGAGCAGUCUGCACAUUGUGCUGUCACAGAGCAAGGGGAUACAGGAGAAACAGAAGCAAGAGUUGGAUAGCACAAUGGUGGAGAUCGAUGCUAUUGGAAAGUCAUACGAGCAGAUGCAGGAGCAGAAUACUCGACUGUCCACUCAGAUAUCAGACAAGGAGGACACACAUGCACAACUGAUGGCUGAGAAUAUCAAGUCACAACAGGCGAUCCGUCUGACAAAGGAGGCUCAGGCAGCGGUCGAGGAACGUGUGCUGCGCAGUGAGGAGAAGCUGAAGGCGCAGGCAGAGAUGAUGGCCAAGGUCGAGGAAAAGUAUCAGACACUCUACAAGCAGCUGUCCAAAGCGAAUGAGGAUCUCUUUGCCUGCAGCUUCGAGUUGGAAAAGAACAAGCAAAUUGUACACGAGAAGCUGUCACAUGCAAAGGAGUUAAAGACACAAUGGGAUCAUCUUGGUGCCAUGGGUGAUGAGCUCAAGAAGAAGUCAGAUGACUCCAUCGCUGCCCUUGAGAGGGAGAUCGAAAAGGCCAAGAAGCUUGAUGAGGAGAAACAGAUGCUCAAGAAGAAGCUGGAAAAGAUUACUGUAAAUAACUCGCUCUCAUCCUCUACUGCAGAGGAGGAGCUUCGACUGAUAAAUCAACGACUGAGGUGUACGAUUUGCAACGAUAGACAGAAGAACUAUGUCAUUGCCAAGUGCUUUCAUGUGUUUUGUAAAGAGUGUAUAUAUUCCAAUAUCGAUACGAGGAAGAGGCGAUGUCCAGGAUGCAAGCGACCAUUUUCAGAGAGCGACGUACAUCAAGUAUACCUCACCUAG